AGAGGGAAGCCCUGGAUUCCCACACUGGCGGGGCCCCGGGCAGCGGCUCCGCCUCACGUCCCGCGGCUGCCGCUUCCUUUGGGAAUCUCCAUCCCUGCUCUCCUGGGAAUAACGGGAAAAUAAGGGAGAGGUGGGACGAAGGCCCUGGAUUGCUGUGGCACCUGGCAAUGAGCCGUGGAGAUGCUCCAUGUGUUCCUGCUUUAGGAGAGCCGAGAAGACCGAGGUGUUGAGCGAAGAUCUGCUGCAGGUGGAGAAGAGGCUGGAGCUGGUGAAGCAGGUGUCCCACAGCACCCACAAGAAGCUGACAGCCUGUCUGCAGGGCCAGCAGGGCCUGGACGCCGACAAGCGCUCGAAGAAGCUGCCCCUGACCACGCUGGCGCAGUGUCUGAUGGAGGGAUCGGCCGUGCUGGGGGACGAUUCCCUGCUGGGGAAGAUGCUGCGGCUGUGCGGGGAGGCCGAGGACAAACUGGCGCAGGAGCUGAUCCACUUCGAGCUGCAGGUGGAGAGGGACGUGAUCGAGCCGCUCUUCGUGCUGGCUGAGGUGGAAAUCCCAAAUAUCCAAAAGCAGAGGAAGCACCUGGCGAAGCUCGUGCUGGACAUGGACUCCUCCAGGACGAGGUGGCAGCAGUCGGUGAAGUCCUCGGGUCUGGCCAGCAACCUGCAGCCCUCGGGGGCCAAGGCGGACGCUCUCAGGGAGGAGAUGGAGGAGGCAGCUAACAGAGUGGAGAUCUGCCGGGACCAGCUCUCGGCUGACAUGUACAAUUUCGUGGCCAAAGAAGUCGACUAUGCAAACUAUUUUCAAACUCUGAUCGAGGUGCAGGCCGAGUACCACCGCAAAUCCCUGGCGCUCCUGCAGAACUUCCUGCCGCAGAUCAAAGCCCAGCAGGAGGCGUGGAUGGAGAAGCCCUCCUUUGGGAAGCCCCUGGAGGAGCACCUGGCUGUCAGCGGGAGGGAGAUCGCCUUCCCCGUGGAGGCCUGUGUCACCAUGCUGCUGGAAUGUGGCAUGCAGGAGGAGGGUCUCUUCCGAGUGGCUCCCUCGGCCUCCAAGCUGAAGAAGCUCAAGGCUGCCCUGGACUGCUGCGUGGUGGACGUGCAGGAGUACUCAGCUGACCCCCAUGCCAUCGCAGGAGCCCUCAAGUCCUACCUGCGGGAGCUGCCCGAGCCCCUGAUGACGUUCGAGCUGUAUGAGGAGUGGAUCCAGGCCUCCAACAUCCCGGAGCAGGAGAAGCGGCUGCAGGCUCUCUGGAAUGCCUGUGAGAAGCUGCCCAAAGCCAACUACAACAACAUCAGGUACGUGAUUAAAUUCCUGGCCAAGCUGACCGAGUACCAGGACCUGAACAAAAUGACCCCGAGCAACGUGGCCAUCGUGCUGGGACCCAACCUGCUGUGGCCACAGGCCGAGGGGAACAUGACGGAGAUGAUGACGACGCUGUCGCUGCAGAUCGUGGGCAUCAUCGAGCCGCUCAUCCAGCACGCAGACUGGUUCUUCCCGGGAGACAUCGAGUUCAACGUGACGGGGAACUACGGCAGCCCCCUGCACGUCAACCACAACGCCAACUACAGCUCCAUGCCGUCCCCGGACAUGGAGCACGGCGAGCGCCGGCAGCACGAGCAGGCCCGGCGGCCCCUCAGCGUGGCCACCGACAACAUGAUGCUGGAGUUCUGCAAGAAGGAUGGCCUUAGGAAAAUCCAAAGCAUGGGCGUCAGGGUGAUGGACACCUCGUGGGUGGCUCGCCGAGGCACCUCCACGGGGCGCAAGGCGACCUCGGCCCCCCCGGCCGCGCAGCCCCCGGCCCCGCCCGCCGAGCUGCCCCCCACGCCGCACUCGCCCAUUCCCGAGCAGUCCCCGGAGAUCUCAGCAACGCCCUCCCCGCCUCCCGCCGGCUUCGGCUUCCCCCCGGCAGCCGAGCGGACAAGCACGGUGAAGCCCCCGGAGCCGCCCCCCGCGGCCGAGCAGAGCCCGCACUCGCUGCGCAGAGGGCCCAGGAAGCUGGCGCCCAUCCCGCCCCGGGAGGGGCAGCCAUCCCCGGCCAGCCUGUCCCCGACGCCCCCCAGCACCCCGUCCCCGUACGGCCCCCCCGGAGCCGCCCCCGCGGCCGGGCCGCCCCCGCCGCUGCCGUCCCCCGCCGCCGCCGCCGCCGCCCCCCGCGCCCGGGCCGCCCCCAAAGCGCGGCCGCGCCCCGCGCUGCCCCCCCCGCCGCAGCCGCCCCCGGCCGCCCCCGCGCCCCCCCAGCCCCCGGAGCCGCCCCGCCCGGACGCCGCGGGCCCCGGGGACGGCGCGCUCACAGGUCUGCUCCGUUUUGAGGUCCCCUCCCUCCAAGUGUCCCCGGACGCCGCCCUGUGCCGGGACCCGCCCGAGGCAGCUCAGAGACUCUCGGGGCCGAGCCUGACCCCGCGGCAGGAGGAGGAGGAGGAGGAGGAAUCGGAGAGCACAGCCCUAUGACAGUGUCCCUGUCCCCAAGCUGAUCCGUGCGGCACGCGGGGGCCAGCACCGGCCACCGGCCCCGAGGGCCACGGGCCCCUUUUGGGUGGCAAAGCGCCCGGUUUGGGGGCGGCCGCUGUUCUUUAGUUCAUUUUUGUUCGCCUUAUCGAGACUUUGCCUUCGAACCGGGUGCCUGCCCCCCUGCCCCGCAGCACCCACGACCCUGGGGCGGUGCCACCACGUCCUCCGUGCCCCCAGGCGGGUGCCACUGGGUGCUGGCCAGGUGACGAGGAGCUCGCUGGCGCUUUGCAGUGGGAUUUCCUUUCUUUGGCUUCUUCCCCCUCUGCUUGUUUGGGAGCAGGAUGGGACCUGACCAGCAAUAACCUGGGGAUGCAGGAUGUGCCCCCCGGCUCUCGGGGUGCUGGCAGGGGAGGUGCACGGCCCUCGGCACCCGCUGUCCCCGGGGCUUGGUGGCUUUGGUCGUGCAUGCACAGACAAAUUAACCUUUUAUCCUUUCCAGAGAGAGAAGAGCUGUAUAUAUAUAUCGGCAGAGAUAUAUAUAUAUUCUAUAUUUGUAUAGAGAGAGAGAAAUUAUAGAGAGAUUUGUUUUAUCUGGAGCCAUUCCCGCCCAGCCGGGGUGAGAGGGAGAUGGAAAUGGCAGCGCUUCGCCCCCGCCCCGCUCGCACCGUGCCCCCCGCCCCAGGUGGGCACCGGGGGGGCACCAGCACCCCAAAGCAAUCAAUAAAUCCAAUAAAUCCGUGUGCCACUCGCUGAGAA